AUAGGCCUCCCCUCUCACCCAAAAACAACAACCCAUAAAAAAAUGCACCUCCUCUCCCUUCCCAUCCUCCUCCUCCUCCUAUCCAUAACAACACCAACAAAAGCCUGCACCCCACCCCCCGACCCGUCCCCAGAAUACCUAACCACGCGCCCCACCUGCACAACCCCAAGCACCUGCGCAGCCGAAAACGAAUACUGCUUCCGCGAAGCCAGUCCCAGAAAAUGCCUUCCCCGUCUCCAACAAGGAACCUGCUGCGCCCUCGACGAAGAAUGCACGAGUAAUUUCUGUGCUGCGGGGAGCUGUGCGAUUACCCAAACCGGGAAGAACUGUACCAGUGUAUCCGACUGUGUGAAUCCUUCUUCCUCCGCAGGGGUUGGGGAGAGGUGGAUCUGCGCGGCGGAGACGAACACGUGUUUACCCGGCGUGCUGGGAGUCGGGGCGGCGUGUGUUGUGGAUGCGCAGUGUGGGUUUGGGGUCUGUGAGGUGGGGUUCUGUGGCAGGCCGAGGGGGGAGUAUGGGGAUUCUUGUCAGACCACGGAACAGUGUAGGGAGGGGUUGGCGUGUGUGUAUAGUCUUUGGAGUGCGGAUCCGUUGAUGAAGCUUUGUCAGGAGGUGCCCUCGGUGGGGGCUUAUGGGGCCCCGUGUGCGCGGGAUGAGGACUGUGUGUCUCGGAAUUGUGGGGUGAAUGGCGAGAGGGUCUGUGGGGAUGUGAGGGUUUGUAAGGAGGGAGGGGAGUCGUGUUGGAGUGAUGCCGAUUGUUGCCGUGGGGGGUGUCGGUUUGGGAGGUUGUGGGUUUGGAGGACUUGUGAGGUUUGAUCGACUGAGGUGUUAGCAUGGGAUGGGGAUGGGGAUGGGGUUGGUGGACUGAUUG